AGGAAACGUUUUGCCAGCGAUUUGUCGAAUGUGAACGCGAUUUACGGUUUACGGUAUAUCUCGGUGGAAAAAUUAAAAGAUUUUUGGUGUUAAGCGUCUGUGAUAAGCUCGUGUACACCAGCAGCGAGGCUCGUGUCGGGGCCAAAUUGUUGCCGAGAUCCUGCAUUUAUCCAAAGGAACUGUGGAUCAAAACUUGCUACCGUAAUCAACCUACGUCCUGAUGCUGAUUAAAUAGUCGUGGAGACAGAACAAAAUCAAAUAAUAAAUAGCCACUAAAAUGGCUAUACCGCCAUAUAUGUUGCCCCCAAAUCCUUGGGCGGCUCAACUAAUGGCACAACAGCAAGCAUUUGUUGCGGCACAUGCACAGCAAGCCAUGCACGCUCAGAUUGCUUCUCAGAUGCAGAUGCAAGGUGGAAUGCAACCUACCCAAUUAGGCCAUAUCCCAACGCCUAAACCCGAUAUUGUAAACGAAGAAAAAUUACAAGAGAAAUCCCUUAAAUGGCAGCAAUUACAGUCGAAGAGGUUCGCCGAAAAACGUAAGUUUGGAUUUGUAGAUGCCCAGAAGGAAGACAUGCCGCCUGAACAUAUUCGGAAAAUUAUUCGAGAUCACGGUGACAUGACCAGCCGUAAAUAUCGCCACGACAAGCGAGUAUAUUUGGGCGCAUUGAAAUAUAUGCCUCAUGCUGUCUUAAAACUUUUGGAAAACAUGCCAAUGCCUUGGGAACAAAUUCGAGAUGUACAAGUUUUGUAUCACAUCACCGGGGCUAUUACGUUCGUGAAUGAAAUACCUUGGGUUAUAGAGCCUGUAUACAUUGCUCAAUGGGGAACAAUGUGGAUUAUGAUGCGUCGAGAAAAACGAGAUCGUCGUCAUUUCAAGCGUAUGAGAUUCCCACCUUUCGAUGACGAAGAACCGCCACUAGAUUAUGCUGACAACGUCCUUGAUGUUGAACCAUUGGAAGCUAUUCAAAUUGAAUUAGAUCCCGAGGAAGAUGGAAGUGUUGAAAAGUGGUUCUAUGAACACAAACCUCUAAUCGGAAGCCCACACGUCAAUGGUCCCACAUAUCGUAAAUGGAACUUGACUUUGCCUCAAACGGCGACACUCUACCGUCUAGCUAACCAGCUGCUUACUGAUCUCGUUGAUGACAAUUUUUUCUAUUUGUUUGACCCGAAAAGUUUCUUCACCGCCAAAGCUUUGAAUAUGGCUAUUCCAGGUGGUCCCAAAUUCGAACCGUUGAUUAAGGAUCAUAACGUAGGUGAUGAAGACUGGAACGAAUUUAAUGAUAUCAAUAAAGUCAUCAUCAGACAACCCAUCCGCACAGAAUAUCGCAUUGCGUUUCCAUAUUUAUACAAUAAUAUGCCGCAUUUCGUUCAUUUGUCAUGGUAUCAUACACCAAAUGUUGUUUAUAUUAAAACUGAGGAUCCUGAUCUACCCGCGUUCUACUUCGAUCCACUUAUCAAUCCAAUUUCCCAUCGUCAUGCAGUCAAGAUCCCUGAACCAAUGCCUGAUGAUGACGAGGAGUAUACCCUUCCCGAAGAAGUCCAACCUUUUCUUCAGGACACUCCACUUUACACGGACAACACAGCAAAUGGUAUCGCUCUCCUGUGGGCACCGCGUCCAUUCAAUUUAAGAUCUGGUCGAACGCGACGUGCCAUUGACAUACCGCUUGUUAAAUCGUGGUAUAAGGAGCACUGUCCUCCUGGACAUCCAGUAAAAGUUCGAGUGAGCUAUCAAAAAUUGUUGAAGUAUUAUGUACUGAAUGCAUUGAAACAUCGACGGCCAAAGCCACAGAAAAAGCGUUACUUGUUCCGCUCCUUCAAAGCAACUAAGUUUUUCCAAACAACCACAUUGGAUUGGGUGGAAGCCGGUUUACAAGUUUGUCGCCAGGGUUACAAUAUGUUGAACCUUUUGAUACAUCGUAAGAAUUUGAAUUAUCUUCAUUUGGAUUACAAUUUCAAUCUUAAACCCGUGAAAACGCUGACUACGAAGGAGAGAAAAAAGUCUCGUUUCGGAAAUGCAUUCCAUCUCUGUCGAGAAAUUCUACGGUUAACAAAGCUUAUCAUCGAUUCACAUGUGCAGUAUCGGCUAAACAAUGUCGACGCUUUCCAACUCGCUGAUGGACUACAAUAUAUUUUUGCUCAUGUUGGGCAACUUACUGGAAUGUAUCGCUACAAAUACAAACUCAUGCGUCAAAUUCGUAUGUGCAAGGAUCUCAAACACUUGAUUUACUAUAGAUUUAACACAGGACCAGUUGGUAAAGGGCCUGGAUGCGGAUUUUGGGCACCGGGAUGGCGAGUAUGGCUGUUUUUCAUGCGCGGUAUCACUCCUCUCUUAGAGCGUUGGCUCGGUAAUCUUCUGUCCCGUCAGUUCGAAGGACGUCAUUCAAAGGGGGUUGCCAAAACAGUGACUAAACAAAGAGUUGAAUCGCAUUUCGAUUUAGAAUUGCGUGCGUCUGUAAUGCAUGAUAUCGUCGAUAUGAUGCCAGAAGGAAUAAAACAAAAUAAGGCUCGUACGAUCUUACAACAUCUUUCGGAAGCCUGGAGAUGUUGGAAAGCCAACAUCCCAUGGAAAGUCCCUGGUUUGCCGAUCCCAAUUGAGAACAUGAUCCUACGUUACGUGAAAAUGAAAGCCGAUUGGUGGACAAACACAGCUCACUAUAAUCGGGAGAGAAUUCGCCGUGGGGCUACAGUCGAUAAAACUGUAUGCAAGAAGAAUUUGGGUCGCCUGACUCGAUUAUACCUAAAGGCUGAACAAGAAAGACAACACAAUUAUCUUAAAGAUGGUCCUUACAUUUCUCCAGAAGAAGCCGUUGCUAUCUACACAACUACGGUGCACUGGUUAGAAUCGCGUCGAUUUGGACCUAUACCUUUUCCACCGCUUUCAUAUAAGCAUGACACAAAAUUGUUAAUUCUGGCUUUGGAACGAUUGAAAGAAGCUUACAGUGUGAAAUCCAGAUUAAAUCAAAGUCAGCGAGAAGAAUUAGGUUUGAUUGAACAGGCCUACGACAAUCCGCAUGAAGCAUUAUCUCGUAUUAAGCGUCAUCUUUUGACACAGCGAGCUUUCAAGGAGGUGGGCAUUGAAUUCAUGGAUUUGUACAGUCAUUUGAUUCCAGUGUACGACGUUGAGCCUUUGGAGAAAAUCACUGAUGCUUAUUUAGAUCAAUAUUUGUGGUAUGAAGCGGAUAAACGAAGACUGUUCCCACCGUGGGUGAAACCAAGUGACACGGAACCACCACCGUUGCUGGUCUACAAAUGGUGCCAAGGAAUAAACAAUCUACAAGAUGUUUGGGACGUAUCUGAAGGCGAAUGCAAUGUUCUCCUCGAAUCUCGCUUUGAGAAAUUAUACGAGAAAAUCGAUUUGACGCUCCUCAAUCGACUCCUCCGUUUAGUAGUCGACCAUAACAUUGCCGAUUAUAUGACUGCCAAAAACAACGUUGUCAUUAAUUACAAAGACAUGAAUCAUACCAACAGUUAUGGCAUUAUUCGAGGGUUACAAUUUGCGUCAUUCAUCGCACAAUAUUAUGGCCUCGUGUUGGAUUUAUUGGUGUUGGGCUUACAAAGAGCCAGUGAAAUGGCAGGACCACCACAAAUGCCGAAUGACUUCUUGACUUUCCAAGACACUGCAACAGAAACACAACACCCUAUUCGACUAUAUUGUCGAUAUGUUGACAGAAUUCAUUUGUUCUUGAGGUUCACAGCUGAAGAGGCGAGAGAUUUGAUUCAGAGGUAUUUGACUGAACACCCCGAUCCAAACAAUGAAAAUAUAGUUGGAUAUAACAAUAAGAAGUGCUGGCCUCGUGAUGCGCGUAUGCGAUUGAUGAAACAUGAUGUUAAUUUGGGGCGUGCAGUUUUCUGGGAUAUCAAAAACAGGCUUCCCCGCUCUGUCACUACCAUCAACUGGGAAAACACAUUUGUAUCAGUUUAUUCCAAAGAUAAUCCGAAUUUGCUUUUCAAUAUGUGCGGAUUUGAGUGCAGAAUCCUACCCAAGUGCCGUACUCAACAUGAGGAAUUCACACACAGAGAUGGCGUGUGGAAUCUUCAAAAUGAAGUUACAAAGGAGAGAACAGCACAGUGUUUCCUCCGCGUGGACGAUGAGUCUCUGGGUCGUUUCCACAAUCGAGUUAGGCAAAUCUUGAUGGCGUCUGGAUCAACUACAUUCACAAAAAUCGUCAACAAAUGGAAUACCGCGCUCAUUGGAUUGAUGACAUACUUCCGAGAAGCCGUAGUAAAUACGCAAGAAUUACUCGAUCUUCUUGUGAAAUGUGAAAAUAAGAUUCAAACGCGAAUUAAAAUUGGGUUGAACUCGAAAAUGCCUUCCCGUUUCCCGCCCGUUGUCUUUUAUACUCCCAAGGAACUGGGUGGUUUGGGAAUGUUAAGUAUGGGACACGUUCUGAUCCCACAGUCCGAUCUCCGCUGGUCAAAGCAGACAGAUGUUGGAAUUACACAUUUCCGAUCAGGUAUGUCUCACGAUGAGGAUCAAUUGAUUCCUAAUUUGUAUCGUUACAUUCAACCAUGGGAAAGUGAAUUUAUUGAUUCCCAACGGGUUUGGGCUGAGUACGCCUUGAAGCGACAGGAAGCAAACGCACAAAAUCGACGAUUAACGUUAGAGGAUUUGGAAGACAGCUGGGAUCGUGGAAUUCCAAGGAUCAACACACUUUUCCAGAAAGAUCGCCACACAUUGGCCUACGAUAAAGGUUGGCGUAUUCGAACUGAAUUCAAACAGUAUCAAGUUUUGAAACAGAAUCCUUUCUGGUGGACGCAUCAGAGGCACGAUGGAAAGCUCUGGAAUUUGAAUAACUAUAGAACUGAUAUGAUUCAGGCUCUGGGAGGUGUUGAAGGAAUUUUAGAACACACCCUCUUUAAGGGAACAUACUUUCCUACGUGGGAAGGUUUGUUCUGGGAGAAAGCAUCUGGUUUUGAAGAGUCGAUGAAAUACAAAAAACUAACCAACGCUCAGCGUUCGGGUUUGAAUCAAAUUCCAAAUCGUCGCUUCACGCUGUGGUGGUCGCCAACAAUAAAUCGAGCCAAUGUAUACGUUGGUUUCCAAGUGCAACUGGAUUUGACUGGUAUUUUCAUGCAUGGCAAAAUUCCUACGCUGAAGAUUUCACUUAUUCAGAUAUUCCGUGCUCACUUGUGGCAGAAAAUUCACGAGUCGAUAGUUAUGGAUUUGUGUCAGGUGUUUGAUCAAGAAUUAGAUGCACUCGAAAUCGAAACAGUACAAAAAGAAACUAUUCACCCACGUAAGUCAUACAAGAUGAAUUCUUCAUGUGCUGACAUCCUGCUGUUCCCUGCAUACAAAUGGAAUGUGUCGCGACCAUCGUUACUUGCUGAUACAAAAGACACCAUGGACAACACAACCACUCAGAAAUAUUGGUUGGAUGUACAACUUCGUUGGGGGGAUUACGAUUCACACGAUGUUGAACGUUAUGCGCGUGCUAAAUUCUUGGAUUACACAACCGACAACAUGUCAAUCUAUCCAUCGCCAACUGGAGUGUUGAUUGCCAUUGACCUGGCAUACAAUUUACAUUCGGCAUACGGUAAUUGGUUCCCUGGUUGUAAGCCACUGAUUCAACAAGCUAUGGCUAAGAUUAUGAAGGCAAAUCCUGCGCUGUAUGUAUUAAGGGAGCGCAUACGCAAAGCUUUACAGCUUUACAGUUCAGAACCCACGGAACCCUAUUUGUCAUCUCAAAACUAUGGCGAGUUGUUCUCGAAUCAAAUUAUCUGGUUCGUUGACGACACGAAUGUAUACCGUGUAACUAUCCACAAAACAUUUGAAGGCAAUUUGACCACAAAACCAAUCAAUGGAGCCAUUUUCAUUUUCAAUCCACGUACCGGCCAACUUUUCCUUAAAAUUAUCCACACAUCUGUAUGGGCAGGCCAAAAACGUUUAGGUCAGUUAGCCAAAUGGAAAACAGCUGAAGAAGUGGCCGCUUUAAUUCGGUCGCUGCCAGUCGAAGAACAGCCUAAACAAAUUAUUGUAACCCGAAAGGGAAUGUUGGAUCCACUUGAAGUGCAUUUACUUGAUUUCCCAAACAUUGUCAUCAAAGGUUCUGAACUGCAGUUGCCAUUCCAAGCGUGCUUGAAAGUGGAGAAAUUCGGGGAUUUGAUUCUAAAAGCCACCGAGCCUCAGAUGGUGUUGUUCAAUUUAUAUGACGAUUGGUUGAAGACCAUCUCCUCUUAUACAGCGUUCAGUCGAUUGAUCUUGAUUCUCAGAGCUCUCCAUGUCAACACUGAAAGAACUAAGAUCAUACUUAAACCAGAUAAAACAACAAUUACUGAAGUCCAUCAUAUUUGGCCAACAUUAACGGACGAGGAAUGGAUCAAGGUUGAAGUACAGCUGAAGGACCUUAUUCUAGCCGAUUACGGAAAGAAAAACAAUGUGAACGUUGCAUCCUUGACGCAAUCAGAAAUUCGUGAUAUUAUCUUGGGUAUGGAAAUUUCAGCGCCAUCGGCACAACGACAACAGAUUGCUGAAAUUGAAAAGCAGACGAAAGAACAAAAUCAGUUAACAGCAACUACGACUCGCACGACAAACAAACAUGGUGACGAAAUCAUCACUUCGACUACGUCUAAUUAUGAAACUCAAACAUUCAGUUCAAAGACAGAAUGGCGGGUUCGAGCCAUUUCCGCUACGAAUUUACAUUUGCGUACGAACCACAUCUAUGUAAGUUCUGACGACAUAAAAGAGACUGGAUACACAUACAUUUUACCUAAGAAUAUACUAAAGAAAUUCGUGACAAUAUCCGAUUUACGAGCACAGAUUGCAGGUUACUUAUAUGGAGUCAGUCCACCUGAUAAUCCACAGGUGAAAGAGAUAAGAUGCAUUGUGAUGCCACCGCAGUGGGGAACACAUCAGACUAUUAAUCUCCCGAAUCAAUUACCAUCUCAUCAGUAUCUGAAAGACAUGGAACCACUUGGUUGGAUUCACACCCAACCAAAUGAGCUGCCGCAACUGUCACCCCAAGACAUAACAACGCAUGCAAAAGUCAUGUCCGAAAAUCCAGCCUGGGAUGGCGAAAAGACUAUUAUAAUCACAUGUUCAUUCACACCUGGUUCAUGUUCUCUAACUGCUUACAAGCUAACACCAUCCGGGUUCGAAUGGGGUGCCAAGAACACUGAUAAAGGCAACAAUCCCAAGGGGUAUUUACCCUCGCAUUAUGAACGUGUCCAAAUGUUACUUUCUAAUAAAUUCCUUGGGUUCUUCAUGAUUCCCGCGCAAGGCAGUUGGAAUUAUAACUUUAUGGGAGUGCGCCAUGAUCCGAAUAUGAAGUACGAAUUGCAAUUGGCUAAUCCAAAGGAGUUUUAUCAUGAAAUCCAUCGUCCUUCACAUUUCUUAUUAUUUUCGAACUUGGAAGAUGCCGGCGAUGGAAGUGGCGCCGAUAGAGAAGACGUAUUUGCGUAG